AGUUCCUAUACUCAAGGAAUUUUAAUGCUCUUUAUAAAUUAUUUAUCCAUUAGUUGUUGCAUUUAUUCAUUUAAUGUAAUGUAAAUAAAUUUCUUAUGUGCGAAUAUACUUAUGAUGAAAUGUAUAUAUUCGUAGAUAUAAUUAUAAAUUACAUGAUAUGUAUGACUUUCCUGGUAUCAGGCGAUACGUCGAGAUGAAAUUUUAGUUGCAUUCUCCACUGAGCGUCUAUUUUGGGCGGAAAUUGUAAGCGGCAGAGUGAUUUUGAUUUAUUUCAAUUCAAUUGAAUGCCGUUAUUCGAGUUUUGUUGCUUGCGUUACGGCUUCUGUUGCUGUGCCGGCACAUUCAUUGUAAAUUCAUCCAUUUUUUGUGCAGUGCAACGCCAAAAAGUUUGCUAUAUCCGCGCUUGGCAUCCGCUGCUCUAUACAAUACGUAAUUCCAUGAGAGUUUUAUGGCAUUUUCCAGCUAUUUUGCGCAUGGUACAUCGCAUUUUAAAGGGUGUCUGACUACGGUCUAAUUUAAAAUUAUUUAUAUUUCUCAAUUGUUGUAAAAAUUAAUUUAGAAUUAAUCAUUUUAACAAUUUUGACGUAUCGUCCAUUGCUGCCCAUUAUUUCAUUCACCAUACUUAGUUGUAUUCAGGGGCAAAUAUAACAUUUUAGCAAGAUUAUGAGUGUAUAGUAUCCAUUCUAAAGCAGUGCUAUCGCAAAACUUUCAUGUAUUUGAAUAUGUACAUCCCCCAAGUAUAUGUAAGUCUUACGAUCUUUGGGUCUACCCAGAUUUUUUAUUAUUUUCAGAAUAGAACUUAAAGAAAGAUAUGAACCCAUAUUGAAAUCCACAAAUUUUGAAACUCCCUAUAUGCAAUAACAUAAUUUUAUAGAGAUGUUUACCCACGUUUGAGUUAAGUUGCAGUUGCAAUGCUGGAUAGUGCAACAACCGUGGUAAAGUACUAGUAUUCGUAGUUGCAACAGCAACAAUUGCUAUCACUUUAUUUCGAACUACGCUUUUGUGCAAAGUUCAUUGGCUUCCCGGCGUGAACUGUGUGACGGUGAGUUGGGUGGCACCAUAACAAGCAACAUUGCACAUAAAAGUUGUUUGAUGAACGAAAUAACGUAAUAAGCUAAAGUGCAUUCAAUUUUGAAGUUUGGUGUGCUGCAAGUGAAAUGUGAACAGUUUUUGUUAAUUUUUAUACCAUGAAAAGGAUAUAUUAAGUUGGCCUGAAGUUUGUAACACACAGAACGAAUCGUCGGAGACCGUAUGAAGCAUAGACAUACAAGUAUAUAAAUGAUCAACGUGAUGGUCUCAGUCAAUUUAGCUGUCUGCCUGUCUGUAUAUACGCGAACUAGUCCUUUAACUUUUGAGACAUCGAUCUGAAACUGCUUAUUUGUCGGAACCUACAGCAUAUGAUAUGGAACCACUAUAACAUAUAGCUGCCAUACAAACUAAUCAAUCAAAAUCAAGUUUUUAUUUGACGAGAUAUAUCACGAAGUUUGGCGUGGAUUAUUGUCCAAAGCAAUGGUACAAUCUCUGAAAAAGGAUAUUAUAGCUUCGGCGCAACCGAAAUCAACUUGUUUUCUUUUUAUAUUUUCCUUUUUGUCCGCUCACCCUUAACUUUAAAAAGUUAGUUUUCCAAUCGAGUUUAUUAAAUUUUGUACAAAAUGCAAAUUGCAAGUUAAUAUUGUAGUUUGACAGCUAUUAAAAUCAAAAGCCAAAUUUGAUGAUUAUUCCGAUAUUUUAAUUUUUCUGUCCAUUAUUUUGAGUUUUUAAAUACUUUGAUUUUAUAAAUUAAAAUUUUGCUAAUAUAUUCGCUUUAUAUUUUUUUAUCUUCAAUUAAUUUCUUCUUGCAACACAAUUUUUAUCACAACUGGUAAACACUUCAAUUAAAAUAAAAUUAAAAAUGCAUGGUUGUUUCGGAAACUCUCACACAUUUUCACCGUCCAUUUUUACUUUUCACACCGGCAACUAUUUACAUACCUGUCAUCAUUAUUCGUAAUAACAAUAUCUCAUCCAUAUAACGGACACUUUCAAUUGCAUGAUUUUUUCACACUCGUGGUAAUCAAUUAAAUUUAUUAGUAGGUUAGGUAGGCACUCAUGCCAGUCUGCCUCUGUUUACCUUUUUAUUAUAUUUUUUGCUAAAUAGCGUAGUACGAGUAUCUGUAAAAUUAUUGCUUUGUGGCGAAUGCAAAUAAAUUGAGUGAAUAUUUGAUGGAUGGAUUAUUGAAUUUUAACUUAAAUAAUUGUAGAGAAUAUCCUUGAAGUGACGCACACAUGGAUAUGCAUAUUAAAAUUAUUUAUUAUUCGUGCAGUUAUGUUCAUCAUGCGAAAAAGUAUAAAAUCGAAUUGGAGAAUCUCAAUAGUGCAACAGAUGAGAUUAAUAAACUCGAAAUUGAAUUAGAGGAAGCUAAUUCCACAUUCCGCAUUCUGUUAAAUGAAUCUACAAGACGACUAAAACUAUCAUCAAAAAAGUUGGGAAGCUGCAUUGAGAAGGCACGACCAUACUAUGAGGCAUUGGAAAAAGCGCGUGAGUCGCAAAUUGAGUGUCAGAAGGCGGCAGUGAAAUUUCAACGCGCCAAUGAAAUUCACGCUGCUGCUAAGGAAACUGUAGCCUUAGCCGAACAACGUUUUAUGUCCAAUUCACACGAGUGGCAAUUCGACAAUGCCUGGCAGGAAAUGUUGAAUCAUGCCACACAAAAGGUAAUGGAUGCGGAAAAGCAAAAGGCAGAAUGUCAUGCGGAACAUCAACAACUCACUAAGGUCUUCAACACAGCAGAACAAACGGUUCAACAACUGGAAGAACGUUUCCGUCGCAGCAUCACUAAAUCACGGCCGUACUUCGAAGAGAAGCAAAUUUGCCAAGAUCAGCUGCAUACACAAAAGAAUCGCAUACAGGAACUACAACAGCAGGUACAAACAGCAAAGAACACCUACGCCACAGCGCUACGCAAUCUUGAACGCAUCAGCGAAGACAUACAUCGUCAGCGUGGCGAUUUUCAACAAAUGGGCGCACCACCACCGGGUCCACGUGAACCGGGCGUCGGUGCCGAACUAAAUUCGCCUACAACGACCACGCUGCCACCGUUGCCCGACUUCCAAUUAGAGUUGGAGAAGUGUGAUUAUCCAUCAAUUGCCGGCAGUCAAUUAUCGCUGAGUGGCAAUUCGCAUCGUUCCAGCGAUUUAGCGAGUGUCAGCACUCAACCUGCCUCCAUGAGCCACAGUGUGGGUGAUGAAUCCGAAACCGAGGAAUGUGAAGCCGACUAUGCGGAUAGUACUGAAUUGAAUGGUGUUGUAGAUGAACGUGAUCUCGAAGAACUGCGCCAGAAGGUGAAAAUACUCGCAGUACGCCCUAUCGAGGGGGGCGAUGGUGAGCAACAGCGCAAUGAUAUGUGGGAGCAUGAACUAACCGCCACCGUCAACAAGUUGGAUCAAUUAAUGCUAAUGAAUGAAUGUGCAUUGAAGCAACAGAAGCAGCUCAAAAUGAAACAACAACAGCAGCAACAAAAACAACCUGAACGGCAAGUGACUGGCGCCGGUGUACGUCCCGAUUCUUUGGGCGCGGAGGCACCAGCACAAAUGUACGAUAUUGUACACGCCAAACCGGUAGCAGUGGUUGAGAAAAUCGACGAAGAUGACGUUGAUGUAGUUGUAGUGACGGGCAAGGCAGGACCGCUCGUGCAAAUCACACACGCCAAGUCGGCUAAACAGGAAGUCGAUGCUGGCGUGGUCAGUUAUCCAGCUACGCCCGAACACACUGUACAACCGUUAAAGAAAUUGCAACAGAAAUUGGGUCCUUUGCCAACGGUUAAUGUUUCCAUGCGUGAAUUACCACUAUUAGCACGACUCUCCAACGAAAUACUUGAUCGUACUGCUAACUACAACAGAGGCCGUCAGUUGCGGCGACGUUCGCUAGACUAAAGGGCUGCGGCCAGCCAGUUGCGGUGACUUUUGGGUAAUUUUUUAGCGAGCAUUAGUUAGCUAUAAGCGGGGAGCUAAAUAUGUGUUACAUGAGUAUUGCUUAAAAUGCAUACAUACAUACAUAACUACUAAAUACCUAUUCAUAGGGAUAUUUUAUAAGAUUAGAUCUAAUAAAUAUAUUUGUGAAAGUAAUUAUUUUUGUGCAAAAGAAAAAGAAACCAUUCGCAGUUGAAAUUGUUUACAAAGUACAAUUUUAAUUUUUGCAAAAUCAAAGUAAUAUUUAUUUCAAAUAAUUGUAAAAGUAAAUAAAUAUUGAUAUUAUUGUAUAAUUAAUUGUUUAUGUAGGGUAAAUUAAAUAAAAUGAAAGUGCAAAUCUCCAAUUAUCAAUACAUUAAUAGAAAUAAAAAACUAGAAAUCGCUAUAUCAUAGAAUACUACUUUCAAUUUUAAAAGAGCGAAUUUUAAACCACUGUGAAUAUUCCAAUUAGGGUAAAAACCGCAAAUACACAUUUCCAAAAAAGGGUGUGCUAAAAAGCAUUUGAAUUGAGCAAAAUCGUGAAAGACGUACUGUCUGCAGAUUCUGAAUUUAUGAAUAACUAUAAAUUAAAAUAAGUUCUAAGCCGAAGUAAAUAAAAGAAAAACUUAAGAAAAAAUAUA